UGUUUUUGUGGUGGUUUAAAGCAGAUCUUUAGUCUUUCAGCCAAUUCAGUCAACAUGUUCACCUACCUGCUGCUCCUCACAGUCAUUGCGACUGUCGAGGCUCAGAGAGUUCCAGGUCAACAGAAGAACGAUUCAUGUUUGUGUAAAAUAAACAGCGCUAUCUGGACUUUUCCCGCUGUACGGUUUAUGGAAGUCACAAAACUGAUCCAGACCUGUGAGGAGAACCUGAAUGAAUUUGAGGAAAAGAUGAGUAACACAGAUGCAGAACUGCCGUUAAUGAGAGACACUCUUCAGAACAUCACAGACCGUCUGAAAGCGUUCAAUUACCUUCACACAAGUGGACUGUACAACGCUCUAACCCUGCGACAGCUGGACCAAGAACUGGAGAAAAUCCAUCAAUCUGUGAAUGAAUCACACUUGCAGAAGCCCACCAAGGAGACACAUAACUUGUUAAGUGAGUUAAAUAAGGCAAAAAAUGAUGUCCGGAGGAUGUACAAAGAUGAUUUCUUCAACCUGGAGACCAUGAAGAAGAGGUUACGUGACCUCAACAACCGAGCACAAACGUGCAAGACCAUACUAAACAAUUUCAGAAGCGCUUGUCAUCAGCGUAUCAUGACCAAAAUAAGUUCUCCAAGUGUCACCAAGCUCAAUUCCAUCAGCAAAUCUUAUAUUUCUGGUGCUUGGGGUCGUGAUGCCCUACUAACCAAUCAAAAACGUUAUUGGGAACACUGUCUGGUGAGUGGAAACAAGCAUGGGAACACAAUCAGGAUGUACAAGUCGUACGAAGAUUUCAUGGCCAGCAAGAAUUACAAAGAUGAACAGAUAGCACCAUCCCACAGUGACAAAAAUGCUGUUCAGGGCUCUGGCACUAUACUGUAUGACAAUACUGUAUUUUACCAAUGCUAUAGCACCGCUGAGAUCUGUAGCUUCAACAUCACAACACGAGCAACCAAGCGUGUAAAACUGGAUGGUGCCGGAAUCGCCAACAAGUUCCCUUUCUGCUACUACAGCUGCCGUGACUGGACAGACAUCGACCUGGAGGCUGACCGAGACGCCGUGUGGGUGAUAUACGCCACCGAGGAGAACCACGGCAACAUUGUUGUGAGUCGCUUAGACCCGCUGGAGCUCAACAUCACACACACCUGGAAGACACAUCUCUUUAAGAGGUCCGUCACCAGCACGUUCAUGGUGUGCGGGGUCCUGUACGCUACACGCUAUGUUAGUACUUACCAAGAAGAGGUGUUUUAUGCCUUUGAUACAACCACUGGCCGAGAGAUAAACACUCUUUCUUUGCCUUUUGAGAAGGUUUCUGCUGGAAUAGCCAAUCUAAACUACAACCCUGUUGAUGGGAAACUCUACUUGUACAAUGAUGCCUAUCUUUUAUCAUAUGAUACCUUCUUCUGAAGGCAUUUCAAAUGGAAUCACCCAAUAAAAAGUUGUGUUUUAAAUUCAAAA